GCAACCCCGCAACAGGAAGCGAAUCCCGGAAAUAAGCGCUCAUUGAAACAUCACGUCAAAAUUGAAUCGAGGGUUAAAUUAAAGGAAUUAAACAUCAUGAGGAAUCGCCGAUGACUUUACACGGGAUUUCUGAGGAUGCUGGAGUGAAAAUCGGAUCAAACUUUCAGAAUAACAGACUGCAGAUGUUACAAUGUGUGUGUUUAGAGUGACGUGUGUUAGUGGCAGAGCACCAGGACUGAUUGACAGCUGAUCUAAUCCCGUUCUUCAUCAUUAUUUCCCGUCCAAACAGCAUGUUGAUUAGCAGCAUCUGCUCAGGUCUGUCCGCUGAAUCUGUGUGCUGUCAUUGAUGCACUGAUGAUGUUUCCUAAAACCUCGUUCACGAGCCUGAUCGUGGGGGUGUUCCUCCUGUAUGUGCUGCACACAUGUUGGGUCAUGUAUGGGAUCGUGUACACUAAACCCUGCGAAAACCCCCGAACUGAGAGCUGUAUCUCACCUUACCUGGCCGGCAAACCUCGACUACAGCUCAGCGUCUACACCGCAUUGAGACCGAAUGCUGACGGAGGACACAGCCUGAUCCACCGAGAGGAAGAGUUUGAUGUGAACACCAGGUUUGAGAGGUUAGUAAACGUGUCUUUGCCGAAGAAGACACGCAAGAAUGGCACGCUGUACGCUAUGGUGUUUGUGCACCAGGCUGGAGUCAAUCCAUGGCAGGAUCCGCAUCAGGUGCAUCUAGUCACGCAACUGACCACAUACAUGAUGCCGAAGCCUCCCGAGAUCAGCCUGAUCACGGGACAGGACGACCCACAGAGUCCGGAUCAGCAGAAGCAGAGCAGCGAGUCGGAUCUGGAGCGGCCCGUUUCUCACUGGCGCUCUCGUCUGACGCUGAACGUCGUGUCCGAAAACUUCCAGUUCGAUCGAGAGGCUCUUCCUGGAGACGUGCACCGCUACAUGAGAGUGUAUCAGAACGGCAGGAAGAUGAUUUACCUGCCGCUGCUGUUUGUGGACGAGCUCAGUAACCGAGUAAAGGAUCUGAUGGAAAUCAACAGCAGCUCCACUGAACUGCCUCUGACCAUCUCGUACGACUCCAUCGCUCUGGGGAAACUGCGCUUCUGGAUACACAUGCAGGACGCCGUCUAUUCACUGCAACAGUUCGGCUUCACUGAAAAGGAUGCGGAUGAAAUCAAGGGAAUAUUUGUGGACACAAACCUGUAUUUCCUCGCCCUCACCUUUUUUGUGGCCGCUUUCCAUCUUUUGUUCGACUUCCUGGCGUUCAAAAAUGACAUCAGUUUCUGGAAGCACAAGAAGAGCAUGGUGGGAAUGUCGAGCAAAGCUGUGCUGUGGAGGUGUUUCAGCACGAUCGUGAUCUUCCUGUAUCUGCUGGACGAGCAGACGAGUCUACUGGUCCUGAUUCCCGCUGGGGUCGGCUCUCUGAUAGAGGUGUGGAAAGUGAAAAAGGCUUUUAAAAUCCACGUGAUCUGGAGGGGCUUGACUCCCACAUUCCUGUUUGGGAAACAGGACGAAUCUGAGAAGCGAACAGGGGAAUAUGACACACUGGCGAUGAAGUACCUGUCCUAUCUGCUGUAUCCUCUGUGUCUCUGCGGGGCCGGCUACGCUCUCGUCUUCGUCAAGUACAAGAGCUGGUACUCCUGGAUCAUUAACAGUUUAGUCAACGGAGUGUACGCCUUCGGAUUCCUCUUUAUGCUGCCUCAACUCUUUGUAAAUUACAAGAUGAAAUCAGUCGCUCAUCUGCCCUGGAAAGCCUUUAUGUACAAG